ACAAAACGGUACAGCAGCGUCCUCUACCGUUCAACGACUUUCAUUCAAUCGAACGUUCCAAAGAAUGCCUUUUUUCCCUUCUACGGCUUCCGUAGCAAAUUCCUUCCUCUCUCCUUUUCCUUAUUGUGGCAACAUGGAUCCUGGUAACAACUUUAUUGCGGUGUUUAGGAGUUAAUUCCGCUUUGUCUGGGAGUUAUCGACCUUUCUUCGGGUUCCUUCCCUCAUCUGGAGACCAUGUUUACCGCCACCGGCUCUCGGGGUCUGUACAAGGCUCCUCUGUGUAAAGGCCUCCUGCUGGUUCUCAAUGGGCUGACUGUGAUGCUCACCCUGCUGCCACAAUACCAGGACAUGUUCGUGUACAGCCUGCAGGCUGUUGCACAUCAGCACCAGGUUUGGAGGUUGUUGUGCGGCAGGUUGGUCUGUCUGGACGUGAAGGACUCUUUCUGCAGCAGCCUGUUGAUUUACAACUUUCGAAUCUUUGAGAGGAGGUUUGGCACCAGGAAGUUUUCUUCCUUCCUGCUGGGCACUUGGUUUCUCUCUGCCCUGGUGGACUUCCUUCUGGCCCAGGCCUUCCAGUUCCUGUUUGAAUAUGAAGUGGAGGAACUACCAGCCGGACUGCUCGCUCCGGUCUUCUCUCUGUUUGUACCUUUCUACCAGUCGAUCCCCAGAAUGCCAGUCACUCAGGUCCUGGGACACAUCCACAUCACCAACAAGACUCUGGUUUACAUAGUGGGCCUGCAGCUGCUGACUUCCAGCCCCUUCAUGUGGCUCCUUGCACUCAGUGGACUGAUCUCGGGAGGAUUGUACCACUCCAAUGCUCUCUGGUUGCAGAAGGUCUUCUUUGUCCCGGUUUGGGUAUCUUCUGUAGGAAAGUACAUUCUGGAGCCGCUCUUCUCCAGCUCCCAGCCCAACGAUGAGACGCCUCUGGGGAUGGGAGCCACUCUGGACAUCCAGAGGCAGCAGAGAAUGGAUCUGCUCGACCAGCAGCUGCUACUGGCCCAGUACAACGAGGCCCGGAGGAAUGCCAGACGUCAGCCACGGGGUGGGCUGCUGCAGUGGACCAGGCUAUUUCCCUCUCUGAGACACAGAGGACAGAACAGACCUCCAGUCCAACCCCAUCCUGAGGCCCAGACACACCAGUCCACACAGCCUCCAUUACUGGAAAACUCUCCCGUUGCAGAGGAACAGGUUGCCCGGUUAGUGGAAAUGGGCUUUUCCAGAGUCGACGCCCUCGAGGCCCUCAGAGCUUCAAAUAACGACAUUAACAUGGCGACCAACUUCCUCCUGCAGCACUGAGGAGAAAGAACCGGGGGCAAUAAAAGAAAAAAGAAAGAAGAGGAAUAAAGACGGCACAUGAAGCAAAAAUAAAUGGGAAAGAGAGAAAAGCCGUUGCUCCGAACCAAAGACUGGCAAUGCCGGAGAAUUGGAGAGAAGUCAAAAGAAUAUUUUAUGAGAUAAAUUGCAGGCAGCGCCUCUGCUCCCUGAAGCAGGGUUGAGCAAAGGUUACCCGAACCGAGGCCGACCGCAAAUUGGUUCAUGGAGAAGUGUGAAGCACAAGGUGAAAAGUGGCAUUUCUCUCUCGCUGUCGCUAUAGAGUAAAAGUGAGGGCUCUUAACAUAAGGCAGAUACAUUUGAGCUCUAACUGCAACGAAUAGCCUGUCAACAAUAUAAGACAUGAAGAAGAUUUUAGCUCUCUACAAACAUUUCCCUAGAAAAUACCAGCUCUAUGACAGCCUAUAAACAAUUUUAUUUAUUCUGAUGUCACACAGUACUGCUUUUCAAAAUGUCUACGUUGUGAGUUAAAAUUUAGAUUUGCUCCUUACGCUAAUUUGAGAUUUUAAGGGGGAAAAGAAGCCCGUUUUCAAAACAAUGUAUCAGGAUUUUUAUGCGAUUCAUGUCUCUCAGCUUUGUGCUGAAGUUGAUAAACUGGCACCUUUGGCCAGUCGUAACGCAGACGUUUAAAGGGAUCUGAACGAUGUGAGCAUUGUGAAUUCUGCGAGGCCGCUUCUUCAGUCCGUAACAUCGUAUCGGUUGGCGCCGAUGCAGAGCAGCCCAUUUCGUCUUUAUUUAUUUCGUCUUAAAGUGAUCCCCCCCCGCCCCCCUCUGUUGGCACCCUGGUUUUGAGUCAUCAGUCUUAAGGGUCUGCUGGUAUUUAUUAUGCAAUUCCAUAACAAGAAAUUUAUGGACAUUUUGCACUUCGUAGUACCUGCUCUGUGUAUCUGAACAUGGAUGCAAAAGAUGUUAUAUUGCAGCCACUGUGUAUUGAUGUCAAAGACAGAUGCUAAUUUUAUAUUUUGUGCAUAAUGCUGAUUAUAUACAUAUAUAUAUAUAAAUAUAUAUAUAUAUGACCACUGAACUGAAUCUUUGGUGUUUGUGCCAUUUUUGAGAGCGAUACUGUAAUAAAUGGCAGAGAUGAGGGAUUUGUUGCAUGGACAACGUUCUGUUGUGCUGUAAUGAUUCAAAUUUGAUCUGUGAAAUAAAAAAACAAAAAACUGUUA